AUGUCUCAUAAUGUCUAUCACUCCUGCCCACAGAAAUCAGGAACUGCUUCCAACGGCCAUGAGUGGAUGAAUCUGUUUGUACCUUACACCAAAACCAGGAAAUUUUGGGGCGACUGGAUUUUGCUAACUUCGACUAAUGACGAUUUGGAUCCCAUCCACGCUUUACAGAAUCAUCUGAGCAUCAAUGAUGAUUUGCCUCCUGACGCCCCACUUUUUGCAUAUUCUCUCGGCUUAUCCGCUUGGGAAAAGUUGUCAAAGGAGUCCUUUCUCACUCGUUGCUCACAAAUUUGGGCCCUUGAUGACCUUGACACAGCCAGUGAUCAUAGUUUUUGCAUUGGAGGAACCACAUACCUUUUACUACUCGGAGUAGAUCCCUGGAUUGUGAUGAAACAGGGAAGAUGGUCUUCCAAGGUGUUUCUCUUAUAUUGGUGCAAAGUUGAGGAAAUCCUUCCUCAAGUUUUCAUAGGUGAUGCUAUGGAUAAGUUUACGUCCAUUAAAGUUGCCGUAUCUCGUCUCAGUUCUCUGUAA